GCAGCCCGAACCGCACGCAAUAUUUCCCUGCGUUUGAUGAAAUUACAGUUCGUUCAGUGAAGUUCCUGAUCGGCCCCUUCGUUUAUCGGCUUGUCCGGGCACCAGAAAACUCAAGGAGUCUUGUGCGGCUCUUUUAGUUUCAGAUCACUAAUUCCCGCUAGAUCAAGGUAGUAAUCAUACAUCCAUGGCUUGCAUGGUCGAUUCAUGAACCAUAUAUUAUCGGCUAUCUGAUUUCUUCCUCGAUCUUUUUUGUUUGCUUUCCCGUCUGUUCAUUCUCUGAAGACGGUGCCUGCAAUAUGAGCGAGGUCUUCGAGGGGUACGAGCGUCAAUACUGUGAUCUCUCUGCUAAUCUGUCUCGUAAAUGUGGCUCGGCGUCUCUUCUUUCUGACCCAGACCAGAAGCAGCAAAAAAUUGCUGAGAUCAAAGCUGGAUUAGAUGAUGCUGAAGUUCUGAUUCGAAAGAUGGAUCUUGAGGCAAGAAGUUUGCAGGCAAGUGUGAAAGCAACGCUGCUUGCUAAGCUGAGAGAAUACAAGUCUGAUCUGAACAAAUUGAAGAAGGAAUUUAAAAGGUUAACAUCACCUGAUGCUGAUCAGACUGCUCGUGAAGAUUUGCUAGAGGCUGGAAUGGCGGAUGCUCAUAUGGCCUCCGCUGAUCAAAGGGAAAGGUUAACUAUGUCAAUAGAAAGAACAAAUGAAUCAAGUGACCGAAUUAGGGAGAGUCGAAGAGUCAUGCUGGAGACUGAACAACUUGGUGUUUCAAUACUCGAAGAUUUACAUCAUCAGCGUGAGACUCUUCUAAGCUCCCAUCAAAAGCUUUUUGGGAUAGAUGAUGCCAUUGACAAGAGUAAAAAGGUUUUAUCUUCUAUGUCACGGAGGAUUUCUAGGAACAAAUGGAUAGUUGGCUCUCUAAUAGGAGCUCUUAUUCUCGCCGUAGUUAUAAUCAUAUCUUACAAGCUUUCUCAUUAAUGUUCAAUACAUUCAAGAUAGUUGAAAUAUGGGCAAUAUUUCAUGUGAUGUUGUAAAUAGGAUCCAAUUAGUCAUGCUUUGUCACAUCUCCCCAAUUAUUUCUGUAUUGUUGUUGUGUUUGUUGUUUAUUCAGUAAAGCUUUACUUUUUGGCCUCUUCA